AAAGACAAUCCUGUCAUCGCUGGGGGAAGUACAUGUUUUGCCACCCAAACAGACUGCAAAGAACGAAACAAAGUCCCUUCAGUCCCUCGCUUUCUCUCACAAGCACAAGAGCCAAAUCAAGCUACGCCCUACUUCACCGGCAAACCAAAAUGUUGUUUUUUUCUUAUUUCAAGGACUUGGUGGGCAGAGAAGUGACUGUGGAGUUGAAGAACGAUUUGGCGAUCAGAGGGACCCUGCACUCAGUUGAUCAGUACCUCAACAUCAAGCUCGAGAACACCAGGGUUGUUGAUCAAGAAAAAUACCCUCACAUGCUUUCAGUGAGGAACUGUUUCAUCAGGGGAUCGGUGGUGAGAUAUGUUCAAUUGCCUCCAGAUGGAGUUGACAUUGACCUGCUCCAUGAUGCCACAAGAAGAGAAGCUCGGGGUGGCUGAAGUUCAUUGUCGAAAUCUUUAUUGUACUUUUUAUUAAUAUUAAUUUUAGCUACGUUUACAUGUAAUAGAUUUUUAACACUAAGACACAAAAGGCUGUAUAUUGCCGUGGAGACAGGCUAAUGUGGACAAAAUCCAGAGCCCCUUAGUGUUCUUGGAUUGUGAUUUAACAUCUAUUUGUUUAUGAAUUAUUUCAGAGGUCAACCCUUUGGAUAGGAUGGAUUCAAAUCGA